UUUGUUGAUUUAGUCUAGUGACGCCUAUGAUUAGUUAAGCCUCCAGUGAAGCGCAAGACCCCAGCAUUCACAACAGACGAAGAAGAAAAAGUCAACCACCUUUCCAACCUCGUAGAUGGGCAACAGACCUUGAAGGUUCAUCGUACUUGGAUUUUGUCAAGGAGAUGUGUUGGGGCCAGCAUAGGCUUUGGACUGUUCUGCUGGCUCUGCUGACGUGGACCACAGCCCUCACCGCAGACGCGAACCCCGACCCGAUCACCACUCUGCGCAUCCUGCUCAUCGCCCCGUUUCCCGAUCCCGUCCUCCAGCCGGGCUACGACGCCGGGCACACCAUCAUCCCCAGCGGGCUCCUCGCCGUGGAAGAAAUCAACAAUGACUCCUCGCUGCUCCCCGGGUACCGACUGGAGGCUGUUGUCGGGGACGGCGGGUGCAACACUGACGAGAAAGCCGUGUCACACAUCCUGGAAAACGUCAUCCACAGACGUCCCGGUGAUAGGGUCAUUGGAGUAGUGGGGCCGAUUUGCUCCGAAGCCGCACAGACCCUCUCGGAGAUUAUCAACAGACAGAAAAUCCAACUCCCGCUGGUCACCAUUGCCAACAGCCCCGUCCUAACCGUCCCCGAUAGGUACCCCUUCACAUACGGCGUCGUGAGCACGUCGCACGAGUACGCCAACCUGAUUGUCCGGCUGUACCAGGAGAUGAACGGGAGGUGGAAAAGAGUCUCGCUCUUCUACGACGCCAACCGACUCUACCACGUGGAGAUAUACCGGUCCAUUCUGACGGAGCUGGAAUCGGAGGGAGUGGACCUGGACCAGAUCUACACCUCUCCCAUCAGCCCGACGUACCUGCCACUGGAGGACGUGAUCCAGGGAGGGACACGUGUCGUGUUUGUGUUCUCCAGUCGAGUUCCUGCCUGCAUGCUCAUGUGCCGGGCAAUCCAUCUGAGUAUGAGCUACCCCAGGUACCAGUUUAUCUUCACGGACCGCACCGUUCAAAACUUUGAGCAGUGCGCCAACAACUCUGACCUGGUUUUCACGUACAACCAGCAGAGGUAUAGCUGCAGCAGCGACCAGUUACGCGCGUCUCUUCACAACUACGUGUUUAUCGACUUUGAUCUCGAGGCGCUGAGCCUGGAGCUGGAGAACGUCACCGCUGUUUCGGGCAACACCUACCAGGAGUACAGGACCAAAUAUGAGGAUAUGCUGAAGGACUACGGCAAUAGGACGGGAGAGGGGGAACUCCCGGCAAACCAGUGGGCUGCCCCGUUUUACGACGCCGUGUGGGCCCUUGCUUUGGCCACCAACAGCACCCUGGAGACCCUUGAUUUCGACUCCCAACUUGGUAUCUGGGACGCAAGCACCCUCACCAGCACCUUCAACAACCUCAGCUUCCACGGUGUGUCUUCCGUGGUUAACUUUGACGAAGAGACUGGGUAUUCGAACUCGACCAUCAGCAUAUCCCGCCUGGAGUAUAACGAGACUUCGGGCAAGUUUGUCCCUGUACUCAAGGGCUAUUACAACAGUGGUGUUCUGUUUGAUGCCAACGACAGCAACAGCAAGGAAGUAGUGCUCUCCCUGUACAUAAACUCUGCAUUUGACACAUCAACGGAACUGCUUCCUCGCACUGUAGCGAUACCAGGCUACAUUUUGACCAUCCUGGUGUUUGUGACGACCGUGGUCUACCACAUCCUACACUACCACUAUCGCUUCAGGCCGUCUGUCAAGGCGGCCAGUCAGACACUAAACCACUUCAUAUUCCUCGGGUGCUACAUUAUGCUCGCCAGCAUUAUUCUCGCCACCACCGACCUCACCCUCUCCCUGCACGACUUGCUACACCUCUCCUUCUGCUACACGGUCGUGUGGCUGCAAAACAUUGGAACCGUGCUAGUGUUCAGCACGCUGUUUGUCAAGUACUACCGACUCUACCUGGUGUUCCUGCGGACCUACGACCACAGGCAGAACCUCUCCAAUGCGACACUCUCUGUCAUCGUCCUGGUUCUCGUGGGAAUAGACCUGCUCAUCCUCACCAUCUGGACGAUUUUUCAACCUCUUCAGAUUGACACUUCGGUCGAGUUUGACCUGACGAGCACCAUGCCCACCAACAGGGAGAAGAGGAUCUGCAGGGAGGUGGUGCCGGGGCAGUGGUUCACAAUCUCUCUCUCGCUCUACCUCGGGCUCCUCAUCCUCGCGGUUGUGACUCUCUCCAUCCUAAACCGCCGCAUCAAACAGAGGGAUUUCAACACCACAGCCACCACAAAUGUCCUCAUCUUCUGCUACGUCCUCCUCCUACCAUCCUCCUACCGUCAGUGUACCUUCAGAGCAACUACAGCAACAUCGACCUCAAGUACAUCCUCAUCAACACCGUACAUCUGGCGUUUACCAUACUCUGUCUAGCGUUUCUGUUUACGCCGCCUCUGUUGCAGAGGAACAGGACAAACAGGCAGUCCUACACGCUCACACAGCAGCUGCAGAGGAUUUCAAACGUCGUAGCACUGGGCAGACUAGACAGUAGUGUAAUAUUGUGGAGAAGACCGUCUGGUGUGUCGUAGCACGGUUGGUCAGCUUUUUAGAAUGUCCGUCUUCAUUGUGUCACUUAUGCAGGUAUUAUAAUAAUAUGUAUGUUUUGUUCUGUACCAAAGCCACCACUUAUCCCUUUGUAUCCGUCAAUAACAACUUCUUUUUUUUUAAAAACAACUUUUUGCCACCGAGAGUAAACAAGCCAAGGACACAUAAAUGUGUCCAGAGCCUU